AUGUUUCAAAUAUUAUUCCUACUUUACUUUACUGUGGCUGCUAUCGCCAAAGAGGCAGUGGAGGUGCUUCAAUUUGAUAAUUUCGGAUAUUCAGGAGCCUAUUCACGAGUUAGUAAACUCAGUGACAUUUACAAGGAUUCGUGUUCAUGUGAAGUAGAUUCAACUCAAGUUACAUUUUCGGGUGCAAAUACUCCAUUGAAUGAAGAAGUAUCUGUUCAUUUCAGAGGUCCAUUGAUUUUGAACAGGUUUGGAUCGUACGUUUCAGAUAGUUUCACACUUGGUGAUGACUCUUCGGGGGAUUGGACUAGACUUAGUUACUAUGAAGCAUCCAGUGGUACUUCGGAAAAUGUCACAUUUUUGACUCGCGCUGGUAAGAAUUCGUCAUGUUUGGGUUAUGGAUUGACUUAUGCUAGUGAUAACGGUACUGGUGCUGCUGACUCCUCAACCGUUUUGGCAGAAAACACUUUGAUCAACUCCAAUGAUGAGUAUGUUAUAUUCUCCAACAUAAGUUGUGAGUCCUCUGGGUUGAACAACGAUUGUGGUGUUUAUAGAUCAGAUAUUCCAGCAUACCAUGGUUUUUACGGAACUACCAAGAUGUUCUUAUUUGAGUUCAAAAUGCCUAAUGAAACAAAAACAUCAACUAAGAUUUCCAACUACAAUAUGCCAGCAAUUUGGUUAUUGAAUGCUCAAAUUCCAAGAACUGCCCAAUACUCACAAAACGUCAAUUGUUCAUGUUGGAGAAGUGGAUGUGGUGAGUUUGAUAUUUUCGAAGUGAUGAACUCCACUGAAUAUCUUCAUUUAUAUUCAACUGUGCAUGAUUAUCAAGGUACUGAUGAUAUUGAAACUGGUAUGGCAAUUGACUCAUACAUCGAACGUGACUUGACCGGAACAAUGGUUGGUGGUGUUGUGUUUGAUUCCAAUGGUGAUGUCACUGUUUGGGUAAGCAACUCAACUUCUUUUGAUGAAACUGUUGCUGGUUCAGAUGUGAAUCAAUGGGUAAACAAAGACAGUUCUGCAGCUACUACUACUUUGAGCUCUGUGUCAUUGGCAUUAACCACCGCCUCAGGCAGUUCAAGUAGUAAGAAGGGCGAAGGUUUUGCUUACAAACCUUCUACUUUGCUCAAUUUGCUUGCGGCAGUAUUAGUAUAUUUGAUUUAA